AUGGCACCUUAUCUGGAUCCCCAAAACCAAAGCUUUGCCGACGAAGUGGCCAAAGGCCCACCUCUCUAUACCAAAUCUUACCAGGAAGCUCGUGAUGUCUUGGAAGGCAUACAGAGCUACAAAACUGCUUCCGAUAUCCAGAUCGAGGAAGUCAAGGUUUCAGUAAAUGGAGAAGAUGUUGUUACUGUCAUCUUCCGUCCCGCAAAUGCUCAAGGAAACCUCCCCUUCAUCUUUUACACUCAUGGCGGCGGAUGGAUUCUUGGAAGUCCAACCGUGCAUGGAGCUUUGAUGGAGGACUUUGUGCGCCAGACUGGUGCUGCGGUUGUCUUUCCUUACUACACCCCAGCUCCAGAGGCGCAGUACCCUACUCAGUUUGAGCAAACGUAUGGUGUGCUGGAGCAUUUUGUUCACAAUGGGGCCAAGUACAACCUCAAAGUUGGUCGAUUCGGUCUCGCCGGUGAUAGUGUUGGUGGCCACAUGGCUAUCGCUAUGGCUCAACUUGCUCAAAGUCGAAAUCUGCCAUCCAAGAUUGGCCAACUCGUACUUCUCUAUCCCGUCACGGACACCCAAGGUAAGUCAGAAACCUACAAGACAUUCAAGAACGGGCCGUACUUGUCUGAGAAGACGAUGGAAUGGAUGAUUGCAGCAUUCCUGCCGAGAGAAGAAGACAGGAAGCUUCCUCUGACUUCGCCUCUGGAGUUUGCGCCUGAUGAGGUUCUUGCCAAGUUCCCACCCACAACCAUCUUCGUGUCAGGAGCGGACCCAUUGAUUGGAGAAGGUGUAGCCUUUGGCCAUCGUCUCCAACAGCUGGGCGUUGAUGCAGCAAUCCUUAGGGCGGAGGGGUUGAUCCAUGACUUCGCACUUCUGGGACCCAUCCGCAAAUCCCCAACGGCUCGAGCUAUAAUUGAGCUUGCGUCUGCAAAACUCCUGAAAUCUGUUUCGAAUAAUCAAUAG